CCCACGGUGCUGCUCGCCCGCGGCAUGGAGUCCCCGACCGGCACCGAGAGCGCCCGCCUGGUCAGCCCGCGGGGCGGCCCCGCCGACGGCAGCCUGCGCCUCAAGAGUCUGUUUGCAGGCUCCCAGGACCCCCUGGCACUGCCAGACCCACCAGCUCUGGCUCCCCGCUGCCACUGCAGCCCCCUCACCCCCAGCCCUGGCCAGGAGAGGCUCCAGGCCCGCCGGCAGCUGAGCAUCGCCUGCACCGUCUGCUGCAUCUUCAUGGUCGGGGAGGUGAUAGGUGGGUACCUGGCGCACAGCCUGGCCAUCAUGACCGACGCAGCCCACCUGCUGACGGAUGUGGGCAGCAUGUCCGUCAGCCUCUUCUCCCUCUGGGUUGCCACCCGCCCGCCCACCAAGACCAUGAGCUUUGGCUGGCACCGCUCUGAGACGCUGGGUGCGCUGGCCUCUGUCCUUUCCAUCUGGGUUGUGACCGGGGCCCUCGUCUACCUGGCAGCCGUCCGCAUCAUCAGCAACGACUACGAGAUUGAGGCACGAGCCAUGCUGGCUACGUCCGCCAGCGCCGUCGGUGUCAACCUGGUCAUGGCCUACAUCCUGCACCAGUCCCCCACUGGCCAUGGCCAUGGCACAGGGGGCUACGAGCAGCUGGAGAGCACCGGGGGCUGCCUGCCCAGUCAUACCCCCCUGCCCGGCAGCACCAGCGUCCGUGCGGCCUUCAUCCACGUGGUGGGUGACCUGCUGCAGAGCGUUGGUGUCCUCGUGGCUGCCACCAUCAUCUACUUCAAGCCCCAGUGCAAGAUUGCAGACCCCAUCAGCACCCUCUUCUUCUCAGUCUUUGUCCUUGGCUCUACCUUCACCAUCCUCAGGGAUGUUUUCAGAGUCCUCAUGGAAGGGACACCACGGGGCCUCAAGUUUGACGCAGUGAAGGAGGUGCUGCUGGGGGUGAGCGGGGUGAAGGGCACCCAUGACCUGCACAUCUGGGCCCUGACGCUGAGCCACCACGCGGUGUCGGUGCACGUGGCUGUCGACGCCAGCACCGACCCUGAGACGGUGCUGCAGGAAGCCACCACCCAGCUGCAGAGCAAGUUCGGCUUUGCCUCAUGCACAGUGCAGGUGGAGCGGUACCAGGAGGAGAUGGCAGCCUGCCACCACUGCCAGGACCCCCGCGCCUGAGACCCUCACCCGCUCCGGAGCUGCGUCAGGGCUGGCCCCAGCCCCCCGUGGGGGAGCAGGAGCUGCCCCUGGAGCAGGGAGCGUGGGACAGGAGCAGGGGCACCGCUUGGGCCCCUGUCCCUGCACUGCACCCACCGCGCUGCUGCAGAGCCCCGGGCUGGGACGGUGCCGCGGGCGCGC